AUGUGCGCGCUCCGAAAAUACAUCGAGAUUAUCGACAGUGCCGGGGUUAUCAAAAAAGUUGACCUUUGCAUAUCCAGUAGGAUAGCCGAGCAGAAACACACCAAGCAGAUUGUUUGUACGUUCAACAUGAGCAAACCGAGACUCUGCGCGGCCGUCGUCGUGGUAGUUUUUUGCGCGUUGGCGGCCGAAACCGGGGCCGAAACCGGCUGCGAGGCCAUCCAGCAGAUCAACAUCACGGUGUACCAGACCGUCGACAGCGUACCGGAAGUUAUCAAGACGUCGGACACCAUUGAACUGGGGAAAGACGCUUUCCACAUCAUCGUAGCCAAUCAGAGCAUCCCCAGGCUGUGCCAGAACAACGUCUUCAUCAGGAACGAGCUGUCGGUGUUGCAGAUCAUCAACAGCAGCAUCCAGAUCAUCCAGCCGGGGUCCUUCAACGUAACCCCCACUUUAACGCUGCUGAAAAUCAGCCACAACCCGCUGAAUAGGGUCGGCAAAGGCGUCUUCAACCACAUCAAAGUCAAAGAGUUGGAUCUCUCGAGGAACUUCAUAUCCGCCAUCGACGAAGACGCGUUCGACAACAACACCUACUUGGAGAUCGUGAAGCUGAACUACAACGCCAUCAAGGAGAUUGAAUCGGAAUGGUUCAAGAACAGCCCCAAUGUGUAUCAACUAAGCAUAAUCUACAACGAGAUCACGGACAUCCCAGCCGAGGCCUUCAAGAACAUGGCGAAGGAGCGACCGUUGAAGCUGCGUUUUUCGGCAAACCGAAUAUUCCAGAUCAACGCUAAGGCUUUGGAGGGCCACAAUGCAGUCGAUAUCUUCCGAUUGAACGGAAACAAGCUGUCGGAGAUACCCGACAACAUCUUCGCGAACAGAACCAUUAAAAGUGUGGAGGUAAGCACCAACAAGUUAAGAUGCUUUCCUGACAAACUGUUCGAGAGCAAGCUGGACGUUCUGGCGUUCCUGGAAAACCCUUACUUCGAAUGUGCAUGUUUGAAAAAAGUUCGCGAAUACGUCGAAAGGAACAACAUCCAGAUUCUUUAUCCAGCCAUUAUUUGCGAAGACAGGCCCAGAGAGGUGAACAUUGUUUUUAAUUUUAACAAAACCUUCGAGAUACCCAUUCUGCCCACUUCGCUGCCGUUAAUUAAAACUCCAGACACAACCGACUAGCUGCUAUUUCUCGAUAAAUUAUUUAUUUUUAAUUAGGUUUUAUAGAUUGUAGUUUUUUGAUCGUUGAUUGCACACGUCUUCAAGAAUCGUCAUAAAUCGUUUUUCAUAAUUAAGUGACACUAAUCUUUCAAUUUGUGAUACCAAAUGGGUCAAUACUAAUGCCAAAUAAAAUAGCGACUAUCAGUCCUAAAAAGUAGACCUAAAUGAUGUUGUACUGUAUGUUGUUUAUGAUGUAAGAAAUUAAAAUUAUUUCCUGCUUUUUAUUUUUAUAGUAUUGUAUUGUAACUAUUAACACUAGCUACCAAUAAACAUAUUAAUUAA